GCAGUUGAAUGACGUAUGAGAACGUUGGCUCAAACUAAGGUUAAAGUAGGGUAAACAAACGGCUUUUUACGCUCAGUAUUAGUAACAUAAAUUAUUCAAGUUAUGGCGCUGAAGUUGUUCAGUUCAUGUUCAGUUUGACCGGUAAAAGACACAAUGUUAGCUCUGUUGUCGCAGCAAGCCGUCGGUGUUUGUAGAAAACACAGAUGGUUGCUUGUAACGCUUUCAAAAAGAAACGCUCGCGUUUUAACUACCAAACAGAUAAGCACAGACAGCGGUAAACAUGUGCUGUCACGGUGUGAUGUCAGGAAAACGAUUUUUUCAAGACCAGCGCGGACAAUAACAAAUCAGCCACAGAAGAAAAUCAUUGAGUGUCUUCUUCACAGACCUUUGUGUCCUGGCAUGGUGGGACUUCGCAUGGAGUUAAUCAGGAACAACUUGCUGAGAAACCCUCUUGGUUUGGUAAAGCUGUUAGGGGGAACAAACUUUUUCUGUGCAUCUCAGUCUAAACAAGAGCAAAAUAAAAAUUCCGAACCAACAGGGAAAACUCCAAAGGAAGACGAAGAGGAGAAGAAACGCCGCGAUCAGAUGAAGCAUCACUUGGAGCGCCUGCGGCUCCUCGUCAUAUUAGCACUCCUUAUGAGCCUGACCAAGUACUUUAACAUCAACGAUAGCAACAUCUCGUGGAAUGACUUUGUCAACGAGAUGCUGGCCAAGGGAGAGGUGUCUCAGGUGCAGGUUGAUCCUGAGAGUGACGUCGUGAAAAUUUACGUUCACCCGGGAGCAGUUAUUUUUGGACGACCUCAGAAGCAGGCGCUUGCAUACAAAAUGCGUGUGGCCAGCGUUGAUAAAUUUGAGGAGAAGCUGAGGGCAGCUGAAGAAGAGCUGAACAUCGACGCUAAGGACAGAAUACCAGUGUCCUACAAACGCGUUGGAUUCUUUGGAAACAUAUCUCCGGCGACGGUUGCUAUUGGUGCGUUCAUUCUCUGGCACAUCAUCAGACUUGUGAGGAUGUUUGCCCGAGAAAGCUUCAGCGCUUUUAAUCAUAUGAAGAGGGCCAAGUUCACCGUUGUAGACGGGACAUCCGGUAAAGGUGUGAGUUUUAAAGAUGUAGCGGGAAUGUACGAGGCAAAGGUGGAAUUGAAGGAGUUUGUCGAUUACCUAAAGAGUCCAAAACGAUACUUCCAGCUGGGAGCCAAAGUUCCAAAGGGUGCGCUGCUGCUCGGACCUCCAGGAUGUGGCAAGACUCUGCUAGCGAAGGCUGUGGCUACAGAAGCCCAAGUGCCAUUUCUGGCUAUGGCCGGCUCAGAGUUUGUAGAGGUCAUUGGAGGUCUUGGUGCUGCACGAGUCCGGAGUCUGUUCAGUGAGGCUCGUUCUCGAGCGCCCUGCAUCAUUUACAUCGAUGAGAUCGAUGCUGUGGGGAGGGAGCGCUCCAGCAACAUGUCUGGUGUCUUGAAUACGGAAGAGGAGCAGACGCUCAACCAGCUUCUGGUGGAGAUGGAUGGAAUGGAAACAGCAGGCCCCGUCGUUGUUCUUGCCUCCACUAACAGAGCAGAUAUGUUGGACAAUGCACUGAUGAGACCGGGCCGGCUGGACAGACACAUCUUCAUAGAUCUGCCCACGCUGCAGGAGAGGAAGGAGAUCUUUGAGCAGCAUCUGAAGGCCCUGAAGUUGACCCAACCAGCGAAUUUCUAUUCUCAGCGGCUGGCUGAGCUCACCCCAGGCUUCAGUGGUGCGGACAUCGCCAACAUUUGUAACGAAGCUGCUCUGCACGCUGCCAGAGAGAGCUUCAAGUCCAUUCACACCAUUAGCUUCGAGUAUGCAGUUGAACGAGUUUUAGCAGGGAGCGUAAAGAAGAGUAACGUCCUGUCUAAGGAGGAGCAGAAAGUCGUUGCUUUUCACGAGUCUGGACAUGCGUUAGUGGGAUGGCUGCUGGAGCACACGGAGGCUGUGAUGAAGGUGUCCAUCGCCCCGCGGACGAACGCAGCCCUGGGUUUUGCUCAGAUUUUACCUCGCGAACAGUUCCUGUUCACCAAGGAGCAGCUGUUUCAGCGCAUGUGUAUGGCUCUGGGAGGAAGAGCAGCCGAGGCGAUCAUCUUCAACAGCGUCACCACAGGAGCUCAGGAUGACCUGCGUAAAGUGACCCGCGUGGCGUACUCCAUGGUGAAGCAGUACGGCAUGUGUGACGGUGUCGGACAGGUCUCGUUCCCAGAGAGGGGGGAACUGGAAGCCAUUGGACGCCAUCCUUUCAGCCAGGGUCUGCAGCAGCAGAUGGACCAUGAGGCUAUGAUGCUGAUAGCUCGUGCUUACAGACAAACAGAGAAACUGCUGCUAGACAACAGAGACAAGCUCGCACUGUUGGCCAACACUCUGUUAGAGCAUGAGGUGGUCAACUACGACGACAUCGAGGCCUUGUUGGGUCCUUCGCCUUACGGACCCAAGAAGAAGAUCCUCCCACAGAGUUGGGUGGAGGCCGAGAGAGACAAGCAAGACACGGGAGAAGACGAGCUUCAGCCUCCUCCUCGCAAGCACAGGGAGGAGGACGUAGACCCGCAGUUAGCUUGAUUUUACUGCGAAAUGUUUCUCCAUUUUUGCUGCUUUUUGUUAGAAAUCUUUGUGAAACCUGGGUCUGAGUUUCUACCAUUUAGCGCCCAAAGGAAUAAUCAAAGUUUUGACAACUUUGCAGUCCCUUCAGACUUUUGUGUAAACGCUCACCAGUUCUCCCGUUGUCUGAAGCAUUUUGUGAAUACGAAUGAUAAUGCGCAGCUUGAUUGUCGAAGCAGGAAAUACGGUGGCGCUAAUAAAGAAAUCUCCUAAGAUGGAUAAAAUAUCAACAUUUCAGCGUUGAUUGUCGUGUGUUGUAAUGUGACUUGUGUUCAUGGUUUGAACGAAGUACUGAGUUUAGUCACGUUCAAGUUUGUGGAAUUUCUUUGGGGAAAUAUUUUACUUUGGCAAGUGGAAGUAAAAGAACAGCAAGGCAAAUUAUGAGUUCACACGUUUUAUACCCGAGCAUAGAUCUUGUAUUUAUCUAAA